AUGACUAGGAAACGUGCUAUAGACCUUACAGGGGCAGAUGGGCUGGACAAUGAGAAGCGAGUAAGGCUCUUAGGGAUCAUUGACCGACUUCGAGAACUAGGCAUCAGUGAGAAUGUCUCUCUUCCUCAGCUCGUUGUAGUUGGUGAUCAAUCGAGCGGCAAGUCAUCCCUUCUAGAAGGUUUGACGGGUCUUUCAUUCCCUGUGGCCAGUGACCUCUGUACAAGAUUUGCCACUCAAAUCGUUCUUCGUCGAGCCCCAGAAGGGGAGGGUCGAGCCAGGAUUACGAUCAUUCCAGGACCAACUUCGCGACUCGAUGAAACCUUGAAUCAAAAUCUUCUAACCUUCGAAAAAACCCUGGCCGCUGCAGACUUCGGAUGCCAAGAGUUCGAAGACAUAUUCGAUGAGGCUGCUAGCUGUAUGGGCAUACCAGGACCAAAGGCGAAGAAUUUGGAAGAUGUCGAAAAAAGAUUCUCAGAUGAUAUACUCAAGAUUGAGCUCUCAGGUCCAAAUCAUCGGCAUCUCAGUGUUGUGGAUGUUCCGGGUCUCUUCCACAAUCCGACAAAGUUUCAAACCGAAGAGGACCGUGCCAUUAUCCGGAAAUUAAUCGAGGAUUAUAUGACUGACAAGCGUACCAUCAUCCUCGCAGUUAUGGAUGCACGUAAUAACCUUGCCAACCAGGAAGUGUUUUCAAUGGCACGUGCCGCUGACCCAGCAGGUAAACGUACUGUUGGAAUCGUCACCAAAUGCGAUGCGCUGCAGGCAGGAGAUGAAUCUGGUGUUUUGCGUAUCGCUAAAAAUGAGGUCGAGCGCCUCACUCACGGAUGGUUCGCUGUACGAAACCGCUCCACAAAGGAAAUUCAAGAGGGUGUAACUAUCGAGGGCCGACAUCGAAAGGAGAAAGAGUUUUUCUCAACGGAGCAUCCUUGGACAGAACUCAAGAAAGAUCGAGUCGGUAUCAACGCCUUGAAGUCCUUUCUGGGCCACCUUUUAUACGACCACAUUCGCUCUGAAUUUCCUGCUGUUGUGGCAGAUAUCGAAAAGCUUUCUCUGGAGACUCAGAAAGAGCUGGAGAUCCUCGGACCUUCUCGCCAAACCCCUGCAGAGCAGAGAAGGUUCUUGACACGCCUAGCAUCUACUUAUCAAAACGAAGUUGAUAGAGCAUUGACCGGGAACUAUAGUGCCGACUUGGAAGCACAAAGCCCGCUCAAGCUUCGUAUGCACCUGCGGCAGCAUGCAGAUGAUUUUGCUACAUCAAUGGCUACAGGGGGUCAUGCCAAAGUUUUUCGUACAAUUCAAGAUGAAAACGAUCCGGAAUUUAGUAGACCAGCAGGUGACUUGGAAAAUAUAUACGACUGGAUACGACGUUACUACCUUGAGUCGCGCGGCUCUGAACUACCUGGCACUGUCAACCCUGUUGUGCUCCAGAAUAUGUUUCGCCAACAAUCCAGUCCGUGGGAGAAAAUUGCGAUAGUUUAUCUCGAAAAAACUGCCUCUGCAGUGCACUCCUUUAACCAACAGGUUUUUGCAAAAAUCAUCCCCGACAACGAUGUGAGAGAGAAAAUAGAAGGGGUUCUAUCUCAACCCGGAGAGGAGACAUACCGCCAGGCCCACAACCAGCUGCUGAUGAUAGUGAAUGAUGAACGAGGAGGAAUCCUUCAGACCGUGAACCACUAUUUCGCUGACACUUUAUCCUCGAUCCGCCAGGAAAGAGUCAUAGCCAGACUUGAAGGUCUCGGGCUCCAAGACGGCUUUGGUUUCGACAUGAAAACAGUAUUGAAAGGUGUUCACUUGAGCAACGAACAACAAGCCGUUUUUGACAUACACGAUAUCUUGAAAGCAUACUACAAGGUGGCCAUGAAGCGCUUCAUGGACAACGUCGUCGUUCAAGUUUCUGAAAGAUACAUAGUAGGGGAGGAAGGCCCAGUGAAAAUGUUUUCACCAGAUCUCAUCGGCGGCUUUGAUGAUGAUAUGCUGACGGAUCUUGCGGGUGAGAACUUCUCCACAGCAAGCCGGCGAAACGACUUGGUAUCCAUGGCUGCACGGUUGAGAGAGGCAUUGGACAUUGCGAAACGCGCUGUGCUAUGA